AUGAGUUCGGAGCGAGCGGAGUAUGACAUGGUUUGUCAGAGAGCCGUGACCCUUAUUGUCGACCUCUGCCUGCACAACAGCACGCUGUUGGAGCAGGACACGUGUCAGGACUUCCUCUUCCUGUUGUCCGGCCGCGGCGCCAAGCACAGGGAUCAAGACGCUAAUUUUGGCCUCCUGCUCGGUGUGUUUGUGCUCUGUGGCUUAAUUCUGUUGGGCCUCCUGGCCUUCGGCUACUGGAAGUGGUGCGGUCCGCCUCGGCGGAGCAAAGCCAGCUUCCUCACCCCGUCCCCCUGCCUGGAGCACAACCCGUCGCAGCUCCCUCAUCUGCUGCCAUUGCCGUCACCCCCGAGUCCCCGGCAGCCGCAGCCAGCGGUUACCAUGGCAACUGAAAAAGUGAAGGACCCCGUCGGCCCGAUGGGCUUCCUGGAGGCUGCGGUGAAGAUAAGCCAUACAUCUCCUGACAUCCCCACCGAUGUUCAACUCUCCAUGAGGGAGCACUUCCUGCGCCGCACGCAGCGCAUGCAGAGGCAAACCACUGAGCCUGCUUCCUCCACUCGGCACAAUUCCUUCAAAAGGCACCUUCCCCGACAGAUGCAGGUAGGCAGCUUAGACUUAGGGAAUGACUAUGUGUUGGACAAAGAAGAGAAAUCCACCAGCAUAGGCCGCAUUCAGCCAGAGCUCUACCAGCAGAAAACCUUGGACUCUGACGACUCCUCCAAGAAUGGCAGCAGCAAAAACUGUGGUAGAAUUAAUUUUUCUUUGAAGUAUGACUACGACAGUGAGGCCCUGCUCGUCAACAUCAUCAGGGCGGUCGAUCUUCCCGCCAAGGACUUGUGCGGCACGUCCGACCCUUACGUCAAGAUCUACCUGCUGCCUGACCGCAAGAAGUUCCAGACGCGAGUCCAUCGAAAGACCCUCAACCCCACCUUUAGCGAGAGCUUCCAAUUCCCCGUGCCUUACGACGAACUGGCCGUCAGGAAGCUCCAUAUGAGCGUCUUUGACUUUGAUAGAUUUUCAAGACACGACAUGAUUGGGGAGGUGGUGAUGGACAACCUGUUCGAGACGUCGGACCUAUCACGGGAAACAAAUAUAUGGAGAGACAUCGACUAUGCCACCAGCGAGAGUGUCGACCUCGGGGAGAUCAUGUUCUCACUCUGUUACCUGCCUACUGCUGGAAGACUCACACUGACUGUCAUCAAGUGCAGGAACCUCAAGGCCAUGGACAUCACUGGAUACUCCGAUCCUUACGUCAAAGUGUCACUUAUAUGUGACGGGCGACGUCUGAAAAAGAAGAAGACCAGCAUCAAAAAGAACACUCUUAAUCCUACCUACAACGAGGCCAUCAUCUUUGACAUUCCACCGGACAGCAUGGACCACGUCAGCCUCCACAUCUCUGUCAUGGAUUACGACUUGGUCGGUCACAAUGAGGUCAUUGGCGUAAUGCGGCUCGGAUGCAAUGCAGAGGGUCUAGGAAGAGACCACUGGAACGAAAUGUUGGCUUACCCUAGGAAGCCUAUCGCACACUGGCAUCCCUUACUCGAGUCCAAGAAGUCUGAGAAGGAGUGGAAAGCCAGGGCUGCCAGCUUUGACAGCCAGGGCUCCUGCCCUUCCCCACGCCCCCCAGCAACACCCUGA